AGACUGGUAGUGAUGGGAAGGCAACCUUGUUGUGACAAACUUGGUGUGAAGAAAGGGCCUUGGACAGCUGAGGAAGACAAGAAAUUGGUCAAUUUCAUCCUCACUCACGGCCAAUGCUGCUGGCGGGCCGUCCCCAAGCUCGCAGGUCUCCGCCGCUGCGGCAAGAGCUGCCGCCUCCGCUGGACUAAUUACCUCCGCCCCGACUUGAAGCGAGGCCUCCUUAAUGAAGCUGAAGAACAACUUGUUAUUGACCUCCAUGCCCAUCUUGGCAACAGGUGGUCGAAAAUUGCUGCGAAAUUGCCGGGAAGAACAGACAAUGAGAUAAAGAAUCACUGGAAUACUCACAUCAAGAAAAAGCUUAUUAAGAUGGGAAUUGAUCCAGUUACACAUGAACCUCUCAACGGUCAAAAGGACAAAUAUAGUAGUACUAGUACUAGUACCCCACAAGAUGAUGAUCAAAAGCCUUGUGAAGCUAAUUCUUCUUCUAAUCAGCAGGAGAUGAUCAUAGCAGAAGAGAAUCACGUUAUGCUUGGCACUAAUUCCAAUGUCGACAACUCCAAUGUAAGCAUCCAAACUGAUCAAAACUCCUCCUCCUCAACAGAUGAUCAAUCACAGCCGUUGGAUUUAAUGAGUUACUUAUUGUCAGAGAACUUUCUGGAAGAUUCUUCAUGGAAUUUUCCAACUAGUGAUUUUGGAGUCACCUCUUCCUCGGAGGAGAGCUCAACUUGGCUCUUGAGCAGUAAGGAUUUAGGAGACGACGGAGAACUUUGGGCUUGGUUUCUUGAAUGA